CAUCGGAUUGCGUCGUUUCUGUCACAUUUUGACGUCACCGCAGUCAGAGCGGUAGAGAGCAAGAUGGCAGGAGCGAUAGCCCGUUAUUUUCAAGUUCCAACGAGACAAUUAGGUCUCCUUGGACCGUUCCUGAAUAGUCAACAGACCAGGACACUUGCUGAUGCUGCUCCUGAGGGAAAGAAAUUCGGUAGUCCAUUGGCAGAUCAGGACCGCAUUUUCACAAAUUUGUACGGGAGGCAUGACUGGAGGCUGAAAGGAGCCCUAAAACGUGGAGAUUGGUACAAGACCAAAGAGAUUCUAGAUAAAGGAACCGACUGGAUCAUCAACGAAGUGAAAGUGUCGGGUCUCAGGGGACGUGGAGGAGCUGGUUUCCCCUCUGGAAUGAAAUGGUCCUUCAUGAACAAGCCUUCCGAUGGAAGGCCGAAGUAUCUCGUGAUCAACGGAGACGAGGGCGAGCCAGGAACCUGCAAAGAUCGCGAAAUUCUCCGACACGACCCACACAAGCUCGUUGAAGGUUGUCUGAUAGCUGGACGAGCCAUGGGUGCUUGUGCCGCUUAUAUUUAUAUCCGAGGAGAGUUUUACAAUGAAUCUUCUAAUGUACAAGUUGCCAUUGCCGAAGCUUAUCAAGCAGGCCUUAUUGGAAAGAACGCCUGCGGUUCCGGCUACGAUUUUGAUAUCUACGUUCAGCGAGGAGCUGGAGCCUACAUUUGUGGAGAGGAAACGGCCCUCAUCGAGUCCAUUGAAGGAAAACAGGGAAAGCCGAGAUUGAAGCCGCCUUUCCCGGCUGAUGUUGGACUUUUUGGAUGUCCGACUACCGUCACAAACGUCGAAACUGUUGCUGUUGCUCCGACGAUCUGUCGACGUGGUGGUUCGUGGUUUGCCUCUUUCGGCCGACCCCGUAACAGCGGGACAAAAUUGUUCAACAUCUCUGGCCAUGUCAACCACCCCUGCACUGUUGAGGAAGAAAUGUCGAUUCCUUUGAGGGAACUGAUCGACAGGCAUGCAGGUGGCGUAAUCGGAGGCUGGGAUAACCUUUUAGGUGUGAUUCCUGGAGGAUCUUCGACGCCUAUCAUUCCUAAGAGUGUCUGCGACACAGUUUUGUUGGACUUUGACGACCUCGUUAGAGUGCAGAGUUCUUUCGGUACAGCUGCUGUAAUCGUCAUGAAUAAGCAAACCGACAUAAUUAAGGCAAUCGCUCGUCUCAUCAGUUUUUAUAAGCACGAGUCCUGCGGACAGUGUACGCCCUGUCGCGAAGGAAUUUCCUGGAUGUACAAAAUCAUGAAGAGACUCAUUGAUGGAAAUGCCCAGACACACGAAAUAGACAUGCUUUGGGAAUUGACGAAGCAAAUAGAGUUGCACACAAUCUGUGCGUUGGCAGACGGAGCAGCUUGGCCAGUACAAGGGCUCAUUAGGCAUUUCAGACCGGAAAUUGAGUCGAGAAUUCAAAAAUACAAGGCAGCCGCCGCGGUUUGAAGUUGCGGAGGAAUUAGAAUAAAUGAAACUGAUUAACAAAUCGAAAAAUCUAGAGAGCUGUAUUUAUUUUCAGUGUAUAUAGAAGAGCUAGUAGAUUUUUUUCGACAACACAUUUGAUUUUUCACCUCACGAAUUUGCUCUUCAACUCUGUCUCUAUGUUCGAACUUCCGUCAUUUGGAGGUUUGUUUAAUAAACACAAACUUAAGGAUUUCCCUGAUUUUGUAAAAGUUUGUACAGUAAAGACAAAUUUUUAUUUUA